UAUGCUUAAAUAAUAACCGUAAUCAGCAAAGAGUGGAAAUGCUAUCAAACAAAAAAAAGAAACUCUAGAAAGAUUUGCUUACUGCAAUAGUUAAUAAUUAUUCCAAAAUAAUAUAUUUGAUCUGAGAUAGUUUAUAAAAUAGAAUUAUGAAAAAUAUUGUGAGUUAUUGGAUAGAGUUGAAAAUGCUAAACUUAUGGUUAAAUAAAAAAAAGAGAAUUUAGAUUAGCUGAAGAGUAAAUCUGAAAACAAAACUAAUAAGCCGAGAGCUAAUCUAUGUGUAUUAGAUGAAUUAUCAUAAUUAAAAAGGUAAAUAGAAAUUAAGCAGUCUACAAACAAUGAAUUGAAAUCUUAAUUAGAAUAAAUGAAUUAAUGGACUAAAAAAUAAGACUUCUUUUAAGAAUAUUAAGAAAUUUGUAAAUAAGUUGACGAUUUAAGAAUAUAAAAUGAUUAAUUAUUAAAAGCAUGAA